AUUUCCCAGGACUCAGUGCGUGACAUCGGGUCUCCUGGAACGCUUCCUCUCUCGCGUUGUCUGUACUCCCGAACAUCACUGGCUAGAGAAGGAAGAAGGAAGCGCGCCUGAACUCUGCGUCAUCAAGGCAAAACGCAAUCCGAUUCUAGUGCUUGUAGAUGAAAAGUCUAUAGCGCAGAAUGAAGUAGUACAGAGUACACAACUCUAGUAUCAUUUACGGCAGUAGAAGAUUUCGAACCGUAAACAAACGAAGAGACGGAAAAUAAAUUUAGUCGAGAAUAUUUCAAACUCAGAAAAUUGUUUGCCAAACCGACUUCGGUGAACUUCCCUCUCGCCUUCUCCAAACUUCCUCUCGGCCAAAGGUUAGUUCUGCCUUAAUGUGGCUUCUUAAAUUGCAGUUAAGUGUGACUGGAUCAAAUUCUUCUUAGAAAAGAAGACAGAAGUGGGUAGGAUACCACGAGAAAAGUUGAAGUGAUCGAAUUUUAUUGCGAGUGAAAUCUCAACGAAUUUUGUAGUGAUUUUCCUGAGAAGGCUUCCUGAUUUCGAAUUGGGUUCCCCGCUAAAGCACCGAUUUCGAGUUUUCUUCGACUGUUGCUUGCGACUAGUUACCAAAACACGAAACCUUAUAAUGCCGAAGUGAAAUAAAGAUUAUAUAUUUUCGAUGCAUUAAAUGGACUGGCUUUUAAGUGGUUAUAUAUUGUGUUUAUUUUUUGUCAUUUCAUUUUCAUUCAACUCAGGCCGAUUUUACUGAAUACAAUAAUACCGUGCGUCUACGUAAAUCUCAAAAUCAUUUUCAAAAUUAAUAAAGCGUAAUGAUAAGAUAGAUUGUAAAUUUCUACGUCGCGUCACUGUUGAGGACAACUGAUUUUCAAUUGCGAAAAAAAUGACCAGUUUAGCGAUAAUUAAAUGCCAAAGUUUAUCUGACGCGAAAUAAAAGUUGAGUGCAGGUUUUCAAGACUUUUUGAGGAGAGAGGGGACUGAACGCCUGCAAAUUCCAAUAACACGCUUUUGGAGGUCUGCAGUGACACCCUUUCAAAUAGAGAAAGAAUGCAUUUACCCAGAACACUCCUUUAUUCUUACUUUAGCAACAUUCUUCAUUAAACUAAGAUCAGGUUAAAGUAUUACAUACUUCUCUUAUUUCCUUUUUUUGUCUUUUUCAAGUGUAACAGAACUUAUCUAUCCUGUAUAGGAGGGAAUUAAGGACAUUCAAAGGAAACUUCGCCACAGUAUAUAGAGAGACCUGGAAAGAGACUGUCUAAAUAAGCCUCGUGUUUUAUGAAAGACAACUCACUUUAACUGAAACGCCCUAACACCGUUCGACUUCAAAGGGACAGUUCCCUCACGAGCUUGACAGAAGACGCCUCUCCCGCGGGGUAAGCAAUGGGGGCAUCCGCCGCGAAACCCGAAGGAGCCAAUGGAGCCACGGGGGAUUCGGGUCCUGCCGUCAACAACAACACCCCGAAGGACAGGUCCUUGAAGAUCCUGAGCAGGAGGGCGAGUAAGUCGUCUAAUCCUUCUCACAGUCCCGCGAGGCAGAAGAAGCAGGAGAAUAGGGAAGGGGUGGCAGAAGAGGGUAAAAACGAGGACGUUGGAACGGCACCUCCUCCCCAGGACGGAUGUCAAGAGGAGGCCCAUAAGGACGAGUCUUUCCCGUCACCCCCUCCAAUGAGCGAAGAACAAAAGGUCUUGAUUAAAGACUCUUGGAAAGCUCUGGAGGCUAAUAUAGCCAAGGUUGGCGUCGUCGUCUUCAUCAAAUUGUUCGAGACUCAUCCAGACGUCCAAGAGGUAUUCAUGCCCUUUAGGGGUAUUGCUUUAGAAGACAUAAAGCAGUCAAAACAACUGCGUGCGCACGCCCUCAGGGUGAUGGGAUUUGUCAACAAGGCAGUGGGCAGACUGGAUCAGCCAGACAAACUCGUGCCACUUUUAUCUGACUGCGGGAAGAGCCACUACUACUACGGCGCUAAUAUCUCCUACAUUGAUUUCGUGGGUCCACAGUUCAUAGCAUCUAUAAGACCAUCGUUGGAAGAAGAAGAACGCUGGAACCCUGAUAUGGAAGCUGCCUGGGAGCUCCUCUUUCAGCAUAUCUCUUUCCAGAUGAAAACAGCCAUGAAGAACGAAGCAAACCAGUGAGGAUAAAAUGAAACAAAAAGAAAAGGGGUGACUUUCAGGAAUUGUAACAGAAGUCGAUAAAAAUUACGAGACUGGCGCCGCAAGUAAAGACAUUUAAAAUAAACAGGGAAUGACGUGCAACAUGUGUACGUAUUCGUGCAUUUAAAUGGGAGGAAAAAGAGAAAAUCACUGCAGAGGGGACGCGAGAUUUUCGAUGAAAUGGUGCAGAGAUCACAACUUAGCUAACUAGCCAUCAAAAUGUCAGGAAAAGAAGUAAGAAAACAUGACACGAAAAUGGCAGAACAAUGCAGGGGAGUAGUAAUCUAAGAUGGGUAGGAUUAAGGUAUGACAUGAGGAAUUUAGGCCAAUGAGGUACAGAGAAAAAUCUUACUCGGCUGCAGUGAUGAAGCAAUUCACUGACUGAGUCGCGCAGUGGCGGCUCCCAACUAUUUCAAACUCACCGAAUUGCUGGAACUAAGGUUUACGGUAAUAUGUGAGAAGUGGAUGAGUCAACGUAGUGGACGGAACAUAAAACAAAUAGGAAAAUAAGACCAUUUUUUAUAUAAAGAAGCCCGUGCAUCCACCGGAUUUCUUUUCGUUGUUAAUUAAGGUAGCUGAAAAAGUUUCAGUGUAGCAUGCAAAAAAUGCGCCAUGUUCGAAUAUCAAAUAAUGGAAGGCGUGUUUCUAAAAAAAUAAUCAGGAAUUCAGUGAAGUUAGAUGUGAAAGAAUGGAAUUAAGUUAGUUAUGCUCUGCUGUUGAUAUGAACCGGAAAAGAAAUCACCAACCUAAGCUUAAUGAA